UGCUGGUGGCUGGAGCACUGGAGGACAGCCACAGAGCUGUUGCCCAGCACAGCCCAGCCGAGAGUCCAGUGGGUGCGAAAGUCCACAGCAGAGCAGAGCAUCAAGGAGGGAUCCUGAGGAGUCCUGUCCUGGUGAAAGUCCAGAGAACUUCAGCCACCGUCAUAGCCACCAUGGGAGAGAAUGCGGGUGCUGAUCAGGUCAAGGAGAAUCUCCUUCAGCUGAGCUGUCACUUCACGUGGAGCUUGCUGUUUGAAGACGCUGACAUACCUGAUUUGGAAAUGAGAAUCUCAGAGCAGGUCGAGUUCCUAGACAUCACGAGCACAGUGGGGAUGCACAACCUCCUGGCCUACGUGAGACACCUGAAAGGCCAGUAUGAGGGAGCCCUGCAGAGCCUGAGAGAAGCAGAAGACUUGGCCCAGAGAGAACAGUUGGGCAAGAGAAGCGUGGUGACCUGGGGCAACUGUGCCUGGGUGCAUUACCACAUGGGCAGCUUGGCAGAAGCCCAGAGCUACCUGGACAAGGUGGAGAAUACUUGCAAGGAAUUUGCAAGUCCCUUCCGCUACAGGAUGGAGUGUGCCGAGAUGCACUGUGAGGAAGGCUGGGCCUUGCUGAAGUGUGGAAAAGAGAAUUAUAGACGAGCCAUGGAAAGCUUUGCAAAAGCUCUGGAAGCUGAGCCUGAAAACCCCGAAUACAACACUGGCUAUGCUGUCACCGCCUAUCGUGAAGACAAUGAUGACAAUAAUAUGUCUCUGGAACCCCUGAGGAAGGCUGUCAGGUUAAAUCCAGCAAAUCCAUAUAUUAAAGUUUAUCUUGCCCUGAAACUUCAGGACAUAGGAGAAACAGAAGAAGCAGAAAGACACAUUGAAGAAGCCCUCAGCAGCACAUCCUGUCAAACCUAUGUCUUUCGUUAUGCAGCUAAGUAUUACCGCAAUAAAGACUGCAUAGACAAAGCUCUCCAACUCCUACACAAGGCCUUGCAGACAUCACCUGAGUCUGGCUACCUGCAUUACCAAAUAGGGCUCUGUUACAAGCAACAAAUGAUCCAACUGAAAACAUCCAGAAACACACUGUCCAGAAGGCAGGGCAGCAUUAAGGAAUUGGCACAACGGGCCAUUUCUAAAUUUCAGAAGACUGUGAAUCUGAGGCCCACGUUUGAGAUGGCUUACGUUUGCAUGGCUGAAGUGCAGGCAGAAAUUUACCUAUAUGAAGAAGCUGAGGCAAAUUUCCAGAUAGCGCUGAACAUGCAGAACCUUCGGGGGCACAUAGAGCAGAACAUUCAUUUCCGCUAUGGCCGUUACCAGCUAUUUCAUCAGAAAUCAGAAGACAAGGCGAUCACCCACUACUUAAAAGGUCUAAAAAUAGAGGAAACAUCCUAUGCCCAGAGGAAACUACUCACAGCUUUGGAGAAAGUGGCUGAAAGACGGGUUAAGCAGAAUGUUCGUCCUGUGGAGAGCACCAGCCUCCUUGGGUUAGUCCACAAGCUGAAAGGGAACAUGCCCGAGGCCCUGCUGUACUACGAGAAGGCUCUGAGGCUCACUGGGGAGAUGAACCCUGAGUUCUGAAUGCAGCUCACCUCUGCGAAGAUAAUGUACUCAUCACUGAGAUUCCAUCCCUCCCAACUGACUGCUUUCCCCAGAACUGCAUACUUGCUGGAAUCCAAGUACCUAAAUGCAUUGGCUCCUGCCACCUCUUUCUCACCCUCGUGGUCCUGUCUAGAAGGAACUUCCGUUCCCACUACAUCUGCUCACUUAAUGGCCGGGACUAAUUCCUGCUGUUCUCAAUGCUUCAAGCCCUGUCACAAACCUUUUUCUUUAUGUCUGUGCUGUGAGAAAGUCUUCAUCAUCUGCCUGCCAGUGUCCUGGACAAAGAAGUCUUCUCCAAUCAGGAUUCAUUUUAGGUCGUCAGAAACUCUUACUAUAGUACAACCUCAGAGCAAAAGAGAUGAGCGAAGGAGAGAGUUUGAAAGCAGAGGAGGUCUCGCAGUCCUAGGCAUUUAGAAGAACCAAGAAGACUUUCAGCUUAUUGGGGAAAUACAAGGAAAGUCCUUUUUAGGUGACACAGCCUGAAAAUUAUAUAAAUACCUUCAUUCACUAGUUGUAUGCUAAAAAUAUCGUUAAAGCAAAUGCAAUAACAAAUUUGUUAUAUUUUGUUGAUGACAUUCUAAAAGAUGCGAUUGUCUAUUUGCAUAGUAUCUUGGAUAUCUUUUAUUUCUCAGCUUGAUACUUGUUGGAGUCAUCUGGAAAGAACUGUCUCCAUCAGGAUGACAUGGGCAUAUUGUACGAUUUUGUCUUGAUGUGAGUGGUUUCAUCCCUAGGCGUGUGGUCCUGGUCUGUAUAAGAUAUCUAACUGUACAUUUACUAAUAAGUAAACCAGCAGGCAGAAUUCUUCCUUGAUUUCUAUUCAAUUUCUGCCUUGACUUCUUCCCCCGAGUUUCUU